GCAGGAAUUUGGAACAUUUCGCCCGCACUCCGGCUCCCUUGCUCGUCUGGCUUUCAUGCCGCUCGUGAACUUCGCACAGAAGAUCUUCUCGGAUUGUUGAGACUUGACGCACCUGUGGAUCCACAACGGCACAGCAGGAUUAACGUUCACUCUGACAGCAGAGAUGGGUUGUGGGUUGAGGAAGAUUCGUCAGACAGACGACGGCAGUCCGGGGAAGAUUUACUCAACUCUUAAAAGACCGCAAGUGGAGACCAAGAUCGGAGUGGCCUACACUUACUGCCAUGUAGACUUCUUGGUUGGAAAAGAAGAUGUGACAUCGACCCUGUGUUUGUCCUCGGUCCGGGAGCUGCCAUCCCAGCUGCAGGAUCUAUAUCAGCAAGGCUUCGUCCUCAUAGCUGUCCAUCCCUUCGUCCACCCUUGUGGCCCGGGACUUGCCAGCGUCCAGCAACAGCUUUAUCGAGCGGUGCUCAGCAAAGUGCCCGAAAGUUCGGAGAAAAGUCCAUCAGAGUUCGAACCCUACCAUCUGAAGCUGGAGGAGUGUUUGUCUGCUGAUCAUGUUCCAACCUCGGAGCACAUCCAAGGAUAUGUAAAAAAACAGAUUCAGGAUGCAGCCGACCAGGGCAUCUUGUUUUCCGGCUUCAUCCAGGAACCGGCCGGCCUCCAUCCUCGCGUCACAUCACGAGGACUUGGAGAAGCGUCCCUGUCUUUGCACUCGAGUCCGAGUUCACUACGGUGCUCCGAGCUCACGGCGAGCCCGAGUCAUCAAGGGGAGAGCGGAGCAGAAGACUGGGCCGCAGAAGGAGAGACGGAAGAGCCGAAAACGUCUAGAGAUACAGGUGGAGAUGCUCUCUCAGAAGUGAUGUCCACUGUUUCCAAAUCUGAGUGUUGUGAUGGCGAGCAGGAAGACCCACCAUCGCCCAACAACAAGGCCAAAGACAAGGAAGGGAAUGAUAAACCCAGCAGGCCGUCUCUAGGCAAAUGUGGUGCUGAACUUUUCGGCUUGUUUAACUACCCGGGUGGGCGCCCGCAGCCGCUGAAGUACUACACGGUGAAGGUGCCUCUACGGGUGCAGCCCGGUGACGAGGGCAGUCGCGCCAUCGAGGCCCAAUGGCUGGACCACAUGACGCAACACUUCAACAACGGAAACUCGCUGGUCGAUGGCUACUUCAAUCUGGGCAAAGACGACGAUCAGCUGCCUAAGGUCAUCGACAGCGUGUUUAUUUUCCAAGAGGGAGACUCCGGGGCAAGUACGACCUACGACGCCAUCGUGGUCGAACAAUGGACCAUCAUUAACGGGGUUCAGGUGAAGACAGACUACAUCCCUCUGCUGCAGUCUCUGGCUUCAUUCGGAUGGAGGCUCACCUGUGUGUUGCCCACACCCAUCGUCAAGACCAACAGUGAUGGAAGCGUGUCCACUAAGCAGAUUGUGUUCCUCCAGAGACCAACACUGCCCCUCAAGAAGAGACACUCCAAGAAAAUCAUCUUCAGAACCCGGAAGAACUCAAACAAGAACUCGGUUAAAGACACGCUGAAAAACAAGAAGAAGAAGAACGCGACGGAGAAGGACCCAGACGAUCAGAAGAUCCAGGACGGAGUUGGGAAGGAGGCCAAAGACAACACGGAGACGGCAAAUGAGAACAAUGGCGAAAACGAGGGAAGAGACAACACCGAGACGGAUGGAGAGACGAUGCAGAAAGAGCAAGCAGAUCCAGAGGAAAGCGAAGAGAAAAUGGAGGAGGUGGAGGCGGAAGUGAGGAGAGGCUCAGAUGGAAAAAAAUCAACAAACAGGGAGAAAGAGGAGGCAGAAGAUGAGAUACACUCUGACGUGAUAAACGGAGAGAUAGAAGGUGAAGAGGUGGAGAAAAGUGAAGCGGAAAGCUACCACCUGCAUAAUGGUUUAGAUGAGCAAGAUCCGUCAACCAAUGAGGCGCGAGAUGAAAUCGGCACUGACGCGGAGGACAUCGCUUCAGCCAAUCAGGAGUAAGGAUUAUAGUUAAUCCCGUCUCUGAUGCCGUGAAUGUCACCAAAAUUUUAUCUGUUCUUGUAAUCUGCGCUGAACGCUUUUUGAAGGAUUCUCCCUGAAGCUGGGGCUUUUUUUUUUAUCAGUAUAAGCACUGGACUUUAAGACCACAUGAGGAUGUGUAUUAUGUGCAUGAGGAGCUCAAGACUGAGGACACUUUUUCUUCUUCUUGCUCUCAACUUGUUCAAAACCGACUAAGCAGCAGAUGCAUCCAGUGGACUUCAAUAACACGAGAAAUGGCAGAGACCAUUUUUGCGAAAGGCAAUCUGUUCUGAAGAAGAUAUAGUCACCUCCUUUUGUUUACAUGUUCAAAUAAGAAUGCUGAGUCGCCAGAUUAGGGGGUUUUUCUAGCUUUUUAGCUACAACUUUUUAGCUACAACUAGUAACCAGUUUAUUGGGUCUUCACCUUAUAGCCCACUUUGUAUGUACAGGGGAAUACACCUCAGGAUGGGGCACCAGGACAGGCCCAAGCAUUACCAAGAGCCAUUCAAUCAAAAAGUAAACCACAUUCUGUUGCACUAUCAGAGACCGUUAGACUUUCUACAACUUGCAUUAGAAAACAAUACAAAUGCACAUAUAACCAGUCACUGGGACCAAGUUUUCAUACUAGAACUGUUUAGAUUGUAAUAUCUGGUAUUAUGAACCAUCACAUACCUUCAUGACCCAAUACUAACCACCAAGAACCAACAGAAACUUGACCGGCCACACCAUAUACUAUUUAUAAAUGAAAAAAGAUCCAUCAAACUAAGGAUCCACUCCUGACCUAUUAUUACUUUUGAUGAUUUUGUUGAUUUAAUAAACAUGGUAAAGAAAUCCAUUAGAAAACAAUAAAACCAUCAAAUGCACAAAUACACAGUCACUGGUCCAUCAGUUCAAUGCUAGGACCAUUUACAUUGUGAUUGUUUAGUAUCUUGCAGUAUUACAAACCCAUGACAAACCACCAAGGGCCAAACAAAACCUGAGCAUUCUCAGUCUAGUCCAUUAGUGGUGUUACAAACCAUUCAAAAGCAUUACAAGCCACCAGAAACCUACAGGAGCCUCAACAGAGGACUACCUCCGACCAGAUAUUACUUUGGUGCCACUUUGGUGAUCCCAUACAAGUGAUAAAUGGGGCAGAGAAAUCCAUUAGAAAACAAUAAAACUAUUAAAUCCAUGUAGAGCCAGUCACUGGUCCCAUGGUUUAGUGCUAGAACUAUUUCUGUUAUGGCAUUAUGAACAGUACAAACUAUUAAAAACCGUUACAAACCACCAGAAGCCUAUAGCAACCGGACGAGCAUCACUCUACCCCAUUAAUCAAUCAAAAGAGAUCACUAGAGAACCACCUCUGACCAGAUAUUACUUUGGUGAUCCCAUACAAGUGAUAAAUGGGGCAAAGAAAUCCAUUAGAAAACAAUCAAGCCAUCAGAUGCACAUGGAACCAGUCACUAGUCCCUUGGUUCAGUGCUAGGACCAUUUACAUUGUGACACUUUAAUAUUUUGUAGUAUUAUGAACCAAUUACUAACCAUCAGAAACUAAUAGAAACCUGAGCAUUCCCAGACCAGUCCAUUAGUGGUGUUACAAACCAUCACAAACCCCCAGAAACCUAUAGCAACCAGACCGUCACUCCACUCUAUUAAUCAAUUGA